ACACCGUUUACAUAGGGUCAUCUCGAUGCCAUCGGUGUGACCGCCAGGAUCUUGUGCAGUAUCAAUCGAUCUGUGGCAGCGAAUACUGAACCAAUACUGGCCUGGACCAUACGACCUAUUGGACCUGGACAGGUUUCCGCGAUGUACUAUAUUCUCUAUCUUGCAAGUCUCUGCCGACGGCGCCGCUGGCCGGAACCUCUCUACGAAUCAUACAGCGGCGCUACCGGGUAUACGUGCAUUGUCCGAGUCAACAACCGCGAGUACCAGACGGACGCCGUCUAUGAAUCGGACACCCUGGCUCGGGAAAAUGCAGCGAUGCGGGCCUACCUGAUUUGCCGCAACUUCUCCGUCAACGACGGCAUGUACCCUGCCGGGCACGACCACGGCGGUGUCAUCCAGGGCAUUCCGGUCGCCAUUGGCACCGGACGCAAAGUCCGGUACGGGGUGGACGACACGGACACCUCGACCAGUGGCGAGAGCCGAAGUAGUGGCGGCAGCAGCAGCCCGGAGAGCUAUGGAGGGGACCGGAUCGACUGCGACCGGCAAUCAGCGAUGGGCCCGUCUCGAGCGUUGGCGUUUAGUCGGUAGGCUGCUUUCUUAAGGGAGGGAGGAGGCGCGGGGAGGGGAAAGGUCUAUAGGCGCACACUGGCCGUGUCGGUACCCAGAUAAUAAGCUUGUUCUUG